CUCGUUCUAUAUAUAUGGGUUUGUGUUUAUCCGUAACGGUAGGUCGUUCUAAGAGUUUCAUCACAUUGAUCAUCUCUGUCUUGAAAACGGAACGAGAAUUAAACUUUUACCGAGAAGACAUAAUAAGAUUAGUUUUUGAGAUUAUUUCAAAAGAAAUUAGGAGAUAAAAACAUGGAUUUCUCGUCAGAGAGAAGAGUCUCUUGUCUUCCUCCUUCGUACGGACAACUUGUGACGAUCCUUAGCAUCGAUGGUGGUGGGAUCCGUGGGAUCAUUCCCGGCACCAUCUUAGCUUACCUCGAAUCACAACUCCAGGAGUUGGAUGGUGAGGAGGCAAGGCUUGUGGAUUAUUUCGAUGUUAUCUCCGGGACAAGUACAGGAGGUUUAAUAGUGGCGAUGUUGACCGCAGAGGACAAAGAAUUUAAAAGCAGCCGUAACCGCAACCGCCCUUUGUUUGCAGCCAAAGAAAUCGUUUCUUUUUAUCUCAAGCAUUCUCCUAAAAUCUUCCCACAAUCGCGAGGGAUGUGUAGUUGGGCUCAAACCAUGAGAAGACUUGUAUGUGGACCAAAGUACAACGGGAAAUACCUUCACGAAGUAAUCCAAGGUUACUUGGGAGACACGCGACUGACUCAAACUAUGACAAACGUUGUCAUACCUUGCUUCGACAUCAAGAAACUCCAACCAGUUAUCUUCUCUUCUUACCAGGCGGUGAAUCAUCAAGUUAUCGACGCAAAACUAUCAGAUAUAUGCAUAAGCACAUCAGCGGCACCAACUUAUUUCCCAGCUCAUCGAUUCACUAACGAAGACAAUGAAGGAAACAAACAUGAAUUUAACCUCAUUGACGGUGGUAUCGCUGCUAAUAACCCGACGCUAUGUGCGAUUGCGGAAGUGACAAAGCAGAUAGUAAAGAAGAAUCCAGCAAUGGGAGAGAUUAGCCCAUUGGAUUAUACAAGAUUUGUGGUGAUAUCACUUGGGACAGGUUCGAUUAGGAACCAAGAGAAGUAUGAUGCAAAAAUGGCGUCAAAAUGGGGAAUGUUAAGUUGGAUCUAUGGAAAUGGUUCGACUCCAAUUCUUGAUUGUUACAGUGAAGCCAUUCACGACAUGGUUGAUUACCAAAGCUCUGUCGUCUUUCAAGCUCUUCGUUCCGAGAACAAUUAUUUACGUAUCGAUGACGAUACGUUGAAGGGUGACUUAACUUCAGUGGACUUAUCGACAGAAGAGAACAUGGAAGGUCUUGUUCAAGUUGGUGAAGCUUUAUUGAAGAAAAAUGUUUCUCGUGUCAAUCUCGAAACCGGCCAUUACGAACCCAUCUCUGAUCACGUAACCAAUGAGGAAGCUCUCAAAAGGUUUGCAAAGGUUCUGUCCGAAGAAAGGAAACUCAGAGAAUCAAGAUCUCCUAAACUCAAGACUUGAUUUUAUAAAUGUACCCAAAAAUAAUCUGUAAAACUCAUUGUUUGUAUCUACUUGUGUGAUUACAUAGAUUCACUUUACUUUGUGAGGAAAACAAUAUUUGAAUAUGAAUAUGAAUAUGAUCCCGUACAUAC